AUGGCAUCUCGACUGGGAAUCAGAUUGGCCACUAGGUCUUUGAGACAACCCGUUGCCCGGGUCCAGCUUGGCCGACGGGCAAUGUCGUCUGCUACACCUAAACAGUCGUCCGAUGCACCUUGGAUUGGUAUCGCUGCUAUUAUAACAGUUGGAGGUUUCGCGACUAUUUUGGGUGGAGGUGAUAAGGCCGCCCAUCACGCUAGCAAACCAAAAGCCUCCGCUAAAGAGGAGCCUAAAGAAGAACACAAAGAGAAAAGUUCAUCGAAAGGCGCUCCUCAAAAGAGUGAUGAUAACGAGGCUGGAGCUGAUAACGUUGAUGGAAGCGUAAGCCCAGCUGAAGUGCAGGAAUCUAUUAAACAGAGUAUUAAAGUAGAUGAGCCUUCGACCGCAAAAGCUGAGGAAGCUAAGUCUUCUGGCCCUCCUAAGAAAUCCACCGACUCCGGCUCCGAAUCUGGUGACGACGAAUACGUCAAAGUCGAAAAUAUUUCAGCAAAGGACACCCAAGAAGCGUUGGCUCAGAGCGAGAAAGCAGAUGUCCCCGCGAUUGCCAAGCCAACUGAGGAGAAGGAGGCUCGGUCUAAGUCCGGGUCCAAAUAA